AUGGCCGACCCAAAGCCACAGAACCCAAUCACAAGCUUAAACCCCGCCAAACCCCUACCCUACGACGAGGAAUCACAACUACCUACCCCCCUCCCCGUCCGCGCCACCAUCAAAACCAAACUCUCCGCAGUAUGGCAUCAAAUCAGCGCCCGGGGCACCAUCAAACUGCUUCUCAGCCUCUCGAUCAUCACCUUUUCUGUGUGCAUUGUCGCAUUUUAG